AUGGGUUCGCAUUUGCUGAGAUUCUGGCGAGAUAGGUUUCCUGGAAGAUUUGAAGACCAACACUUGGAUCGACUUCUGAGCAGGAGAUACUCGAAUGUAGAAACUUUGAAUCUGGCUAGAGAAAUCCCCUUCAUUAAAGCGCAAUUACUUGUUCAUUUGGAGAUGGAGACUUCUAUCUCCAGGUGGCUAAUACGGCUGAUGCCGCAGUCAAAAUCAGAUAUAAACGCGAUAGAAGAAGAUGCAAGGACCCCUAGAGCUUCUAUAAGCCCCCUAGCUCAUCGCUUUCCUCAAUAUCCCCCUGAGCCGGCGACUAGAGAGAAAAGCUCGACCAUCGACCUGCAUUCCAGCCGUACAAUUUCUCCUCAAGACGACGCGACCGCUCGACGACGGGCUCUCGUACUAGAUAGUUCAAGCGAAGACUCAAGACCCAAUAAUACGAUUGCUAGGCAAGCGCCUUCGAACAUGACCGUCCUCGAUUCCUUUUCUUCAACUGCAACACGACCUCCCCCAAGUUCUACUGAUGAUACACCAGCUCAGAAAAUCCAACUCAAACAGGAUAGCCCCUCCCACAACCCCGAUGAAAAUUCAACUGGCGCCUUUAUGAAUCCACACCUCCUUUCCGUCCCUCGAACGCCUCCUCCUCGACCUGAGCACUCAUUGCAUGUUACUGUGACCCCUGGGAAAUCUCCUUCUCGCGCAUUAUCUGUACCUCUUGAGCCUGUUCGCCGAGAUGCUCUCGAAUAUGAGACCAAUCUAGGCGCAGUCAGUCCUCAUAGGGCUACCUCAGCAAUGGCGAGACGUUCUGCAAAGAAACCAUCGGCAAAAGGGAGGUCAACUCCUCUAGCGUCCAAAAGAGGUCUCGAACCCUCUCCCUCCAAAGCCACAGGAAGCAGACUGCCUCUCGCAUUGGAUGAAGUUGAUGAACGGUCCGACGACGAACAUAUUUCCCCUAUCGAGAUCUCUAGUGCCCUCGCAGCUACACGCUCAAUGCCUGAGCUUAACGAAUCCCUCGAGCGCCAAGAAUUUCCAAUAGCCUUCCUUCACGAUUUAGUCGAAAACCAAAAGAAGACACAAAAGGGUUCUGCCGUUCAAGGAUCUCCGGAGCGGUCUACUGAUGCAGAGACUCAGUCAUCCUUGUCUUCUCGAGAGUACCGUUCGUGGUCACGCUUCCAUCGAGGCCAUGCUGAAGCGAGCUUUCGCGUAAUGGCUCAAAGAGUUGUCGGCGUGAAUCCUCCAGGAAUCACCGUUCAUUCUCAAUCACAGAGUGAUCAUAUUCCCCAUCAGAAUGCGGUUUCAGAGGGAAGAGACGAUGAGCUGGAGGAGGAGACUCAACCCGUUACACUGGUGGUUGGUACACCAUCAUCCACGUCUGAGUUUUCUCAGUCAGAUAAAGCACUGGACAUGUCCCAACUCAGACGGGACGGUCAGGCUCUACUAAAUUAUCCAGACGAUGGUACAGAUAUCGCCACGCAAAGUAUUAGGGCUAGUGACGAGGUUCUGGUUCCAACUCAAGUGAUAACAGGUGAAGACGGUCAAGAAACCCUGGAUGAAUCUAAGAAUGGAUACUUGAUUCAGGCAUUGGAGAUCUCCCCACGCAAACAAAGAGGCUACUAUUCAUCGUCAUCCGGUACCAGCAUUCCUGGACUCAACAUGACCAAUGAAACUUUUACCCAACCGACCUCUUCAAUACCCGUUGUCAGCAGUCAGAUUGACCCCAUUUCUCCACCGAAAGUGAACAAGAACCCUAUCAAGCGCGUAACUCAACCAAACAUCGAACUUCCUCCACCUAGUACUGCUUCAGCUGUCAUCGUCAACCCAACUGCAAGGCCAAUAAAGAGGAACCCACUUGUCCGUAGGAAAAGCCCACUCCAAAUCGAUCGCUAUUUAUUUGAACGAGAAACAACAAGGCCGGAUUCUCAUGUCUUCAAUGAAGAGACUAUCCCGGUUGAUUAUGGGGGUGAAUCAAAUAGGAUGUAUACCCCAAUUCACGGCGCUACUACCCUUCAAGAAGAGACUAUUGCAUUAUCAGUUGAUGCUGCUGUAAAGAGCCUUACUCCAAGGCAUCAGGUUGAAACCUUGUCAGACGGAGGUGACUCGGUGAAAAUGGAGACCGAUGGAGAGCCGUCCCCUAAAGCACCGAAAGUGUCACCCUUGAAGCCAACAGAUUACGUCGUUCCUAUAAGUGGCUGGAUGCAGAGUCCUGUUGUUA